CCUUUUUUUUUUUUAGCCAUGCCUAUAGAGUUAUCCUUCAGUGAAAGAACCCAAACAUACCAACAGGUACUAUUUACAACAUAUUGUGAAAGUUUCAUCCUGUUUCCAUUUCUGAACAACUGCCAUUAGAUUAACAAUUUUUUUUCUUGUUUGGCAUAGUUGAUUUUUUCCUUUGUGGCUGUGCUAUUAACAGAUGUAAAAAUCACCCUGCCUGAAGAGGAGCCAGUCUCUCUUCAACAUGUGGCACAUACUCUGGGAAUGAAGAAUGGAGGCAUUUAAACACAUUAAAGCACAGAAUUUCAUCAAAAGACAUAGAAAGUCCAAAUAUUCAGAAUUCAAGUGAUUCUUUUGGUGUUUGGCCAUCUUGGUUAAAAUAUGUUUAGAAAUAAUGAGGCAAACUACGGACAGAAGGUCAUUAACUCUGUAUUUCCAGCCCAAUAUGGAUUUAAAUCAGAACAAUUAUUUCAGCCAUUUUUAUCUUAUCUUUUUGUCUUAAUCCUUUGUUAAAAAAUCAUCCGAAACCAAAAGAAAUCCUGAAGGUCCCCAAAGUUUGUUUUAAUUGGGAAAAAUUGUAAAGAAUUUUAAUGGAAUUUAAUGGAAUUUUUCCCAUGAUCUGACUAAUACAGUCUUUUAACAGAUGGUUCACAUGGACAAAGCAAUGCAAACAUAUAAAUUAAAAACAGAUCCUUUUAAAAAGUUUGAAUUCUCAGACCAUAUAGGCUGACUGUAUGAGAUUGAUGUUAAGUAGCAGGUUUUUUUUUCUUUUCCUUGCAGGUAUUUCUAGAGGAAAGGAUCCUUUUCAUCAAAACCACCAGGAGUAGCCAAGGUGGAGAGCUGACUAUUAAUUUUAUACUCUGAUCUCAUUUUGUAAUUUUUAAAAUCCAAACAGCUAUUGGGGAAAGGUAAAUAAGAUUGUUUUAAGGUCUGAAUGUUGAACAAAUGGGUCUUUCUGGAAAAAAUAUUAACAAAAUCUUCUCACCAAAGGGAGAUUUGCUGGAGGUUAGAUUUGCAAUUGAGGGGUGAUGCGGGGAGUAAGAGGAAGAGAAAGAAAGCCACUAUCUAGUCUUCCCAAGUAAAGAAACUUGAGGUGGGAAAGACCUUUCAGACCUGUAGGAUUUCCUUUUAAAAUACAGGGCGAUUUAGUUUUCUUAAAAAAAAAAAAGAUUAAAUCAUUUCAUCUUGGAAUUUAAAUAAAUCCAUGUAGCAAAAUAAAAAGAGGGCUCAUAUGUGUUGGGGUGAAGGAAGGUUUAAUAAGGCCAAAAUUUGCCUUCUCUUUUCUUGACAACUCCCCCUAACAAUUUUUCCAAACAUAAUGGGAAGUUGACAUUUUCUCUAGUUCUAAAUCUCUUUAGGCAUGUAGGUAAAAUGGGAAAUUUGGUUACUUUUGAAGGGCAGGGAAUUGUGGGGUUCACAGUAAUAAAUCAUAGCCGAUAAGAUGAAGUGGGUUGGAGCCUGGUGAGGAGGGGGGAGGGUUAAUAGUAAAGAUGCUGCCAGACCGAAGGAAAGCAAUAAAGGGUGUGUUUGUGUGCUUGAGCGAGGAUAGUGCCGCGGAGAAGGGUGGCUUGUGGGUGGGGGUGAAGAGGGUAAAGGGGUAAAAGGGGCGGGGUGGAGUCGGGUAAGAGUGAAGCGGUCAGGGGGAGGGUCUGUGAGCCAGAGACACAAUUCGCACCACUCUCUGGGCUUGUGUCCGCUUUGGGGGAGGGUUUCCACUGCCCAAACAGUUGCAGCGGAGCAUUUCUGGUCUCACAGAGCAAAAGAUUGUCAGGAAAGAGGGAGAGAGAGGGAGAGCGGAGCUGCCGGAAGUGUCUGCUAGCAGCCACUGGGGCCGCAGUAACUGCAGCAGCUGCAGCAGCUGCAGCCGCCUUCGCCUGAGAAACUUUCCAGUUUAAACCAAGGAGCCGGGAGACCAAGGAGCCCUUCAUGCCCCUGAGCAACAAUGCAACCAGAUGACAGCCACCUAAUCCGACCCACUCAUUCACAGUCCGCCUGCACUUCCCCUCCCUUGUCCUCAGGAGGAGAUUGAGCAAGGGGGGGAAUCGCUGUAACUCCUGCAAAGAAGUGCCCCGAGGAGGUGCAGGGUAGGGGUAGAGGGGAUCCUCAUUUUCUGCGCACCUUUCUCUGAGCGACGCGGCCCUCCUCUUCGCCUUCCUGCUUCGGUUCUCGGUCUCUCCCGGGUCGGAUUCCCGGGCUGGCUUUAUUUUCCACUUGCCCUGAAGAGUCCCAGGCUGUCGCCGCCGGCGUCGGGUCGGUGCCAUGGGGCUGCCCACUCUGGAGUUUAGUGAUUCCUACUUGGACAGCCCAGACUUCAGGGAGCGUCUCCAGUGUCACGAGAUUGAGCUGGAACGGACCAAUAAGUUCAUUAAAGAGCUCAUCAAGGACGGAUCCCUGCUUAUUGGGGCUUUGAGAAAUCUGUCCAUGGCAGUACAGAAAUUUUCACAAUCCUUACAAGAUUUCCAGUUUGAAUGCAUUGGAGAUGCAGAAACUGAUGAUGAAAUUAGUAUUGCCCAAUCAUUAAAAGAAUUUGCCCGAUUACUGAUUACAGUGGAAGAGGAAAGAAGAAGACUGAUUCAAAAUGCUAAUGAUGUGUUAAUAGCCCCAUUGGAGAAGUUUCGGAAAGAACAGAUUGGUGCAGCAAAAGAUGGAAAGAAGAAGUUUGACAAAGAGAGUGAGAAGUACUAUUCUAUUCUUGACAAGCACUUAAAUUUGUCAGCAAAGAAAAAGGAGUCUCAUUUGCAAGAGGCAGAUACACAGAUAGACAGAGAACAUCAAAAUUUCUAUGAGGCAUCACUUGAAUAUGUCUUUAAGAUACAAGAAGUUCAAGAAAAGAAGAAAUUUGAAUUUGUUGAACCACUUUUGUCUUUCCUUCAGGGAUUAUUCACCUUUUACCAUGAGGGAUAUGAACUGGCUCAGGAAUUUGCCCCCUACAAGCAGCAGCUGCAGUUCAAUUUACAGAAUACAAGGAAUAACUUUGAAAGUACUCGUCAAGAAGUAGAGAGAUUAAUGCAGAGAAUGAAAUCUGCAAAUCAAGAUUAUCGUCCUCCAAGUCAAUGGACAAUGGAAGGGUAUCUUUAUGUACAAGAGAAACGACCUCUUGGCUUCACCUGGAUAAAACAUUAUUGCACUUAUGAUAAGGGAAGCAAAACAUUCACGAUGAGUAUUUCAGAGAUGAAAUCCAGUGGAAAAGUGAAUGGUCUUGUCACUAGCUCACCAGAGAUGUUUAAAUUAAAAUCUUGCAUCCGAAGAAAGACAGAUUCCAUUGACAAACGAUUCUGCUUUGACAUUGAAGUGGUUGAAAGGCAUGGAAUCAUCACAUUGCAAGCUUUCUCAGAAGCAAAUAGGAAGCUGUGGCUUGAAGCAAUGGAUGGAAAGGAACCGAUUUAUACUCUGCCUGCUAUUAUUAGCAAAAAGGAGGAAAUGUACUUAAAUGACGCUGGAUUUAACUUUGUGAGGAAGUGUAUCCAAGCUGUGGAGUCUAGAGGUAUCACCAUUUUAGGGCUCUAUCGAAUAGGAGGUGUGAACUCCAAGGUCCAGAAGCUCAUGAACACUACAUUUUCUCCUAAGUCUCCUCCUGAUAUGGAUAUUGAUAUUGAACUGUGGGAUAAUAAAACAAUAACAAGUGGACUUAAAAACUACCUCAGGUGUCUCACGGAACCACUGAUGACUUACAAAUUUCACAAGGAUUUCAUUCUUGCCGUUAAAUCUGAUGACCAAAACUACAGGGUGGAGGCAGUCCAUGCAUUGGUGCACAAACUUCCAGAGAAAAACAGAGAGAUGUUGGACAUCUUAAUAAAACAUUUAGUCAAAGUAUCACUGCAUAGCCAGCAGAAUCUCAUGACUAUCUCCAACCUUGGAGUCAUCUUUGGCCCCACUCUGAUGAGGGCACAGGAAGAAACUGUAGCUGCUAUGAUGAACAUCAAAUUCCAGAACAUUGUCGUUGAGAUUCUGAUUGAACACUAUGAGAAGAUAUUUCAUACUGCACCAGACCCAAAUAUACCUCUUCCUCAACCUCAGUCCCGGUCAGGAUCCAGAAGGACAAGAGCCAUUUGCCUCUCGACCGGCUCAAGGAAACCCAAAGGGAGAUAUACCCCAUGCCUGGCAGAGCCAGACAGUGAUUCAUAUAGUAGCAGCCCAGAUAGUACCCCGAUGGGCAGCAUAGAAUCACUUUCCUCUCACUCAUCGGAACAAAAUAGCACUACUAAAUCAGCUUCCUCCCAGCCACGGGAAAAAUCUGGUGGCAUCCCCUGGAUUGCAUCUCCAGCACCUUCCAAUGGACAGAAAAGCUCAGGUCUCUGGACAACGAGUCCAGAAUCAAGUUCUAAAGAAGAUGCAUCCAAAACAGACGUGGAGUCUGACUGUCAGAGUAUUGCAUCGGUCACUAGCCCAGGGAACAUUUCCCCAUCAAUAGACUUCGUCCAAAAGGGGCCAUAUGGACUGUCAGGAUUGAAGAGAUCUGCAGCUUCUUCUCUCAGAUCAAUCUCUGCAGCUGAAGGAAACAAAAGCUAUAGUGGAUCCAUUCAAAGUCUAACUUCCAUAGAUUCCAAAGAGACACCCAGAGCACCACCAAAUCCUGACCUUCCUCCAAAAAUGUGCAGGAGAUUGAGGUUAGACACUUCAUCAAGCAAUGGAUAUCAGCGACCUGGUUCUGUAGUGGCAGCUAAAGCCCAGCUGUUUGAAAGUGCUGGUUCACUUAAGCAGAUUUCUGGUGGACGCCAAGCUAAAGCCAUGUAUUCCUGUAAAGCUGAGCACAGUCAUGAACUCUCCUUCCCACAAGGGGCAAUCUUUUCCAAUGUUUAUCCAUCAGUGGAACCUGGAUGGUUAAAAGCAACUUAUGAAGGCAAAACAGGACUAGUUCCAGAAAAUUAUGUUGUCUUCCUCUAAUUAGAGUUAGUGGAUGGCAGUAUCUUCAUGGUAUCCAUGGUAACACUAAUAUUAAUAAGUGCUAUGAUUUUAUCUGACACAGAUAUGGGGAUCAGCUCACUCAAGGAAAAUGGUCGAUUUCUGUCAAGUUCUCUACUGGCAGUUUGUGCAGCUCCCCUAUCAGUGAAACAAAAUGGAUUUAAAUCAUUGGCCUGACUUUUCAAGCUGGUAUACUCUAUUUAAAUGACACUUACUUUUUGAUCAAGAGAAAUCAUAUAUCUUUUUUAACAUAACAAUGGCAGAAUUGGAAAGAGAAAUAUUGGAUUCAUCAUCUAGUCCAGGCAACUUAAAGCCAAAAAACUGCUAUGAGAAGAUAUCUGGGAGAAUUCACCAAAUAUAUUCAUCCUAGUGCUCCCUGAGGCAUCUAGAAAUCAUGUGUCAUAAUAUAAUUUAAAUCGUACCUUUUUUCCUUUUUGAAAAAAAUGUAUUGAGGUGACUUCUCAUUAUACAUUAGUUUUUGCUGGUCCUUAGCAUUUCAAGGAAAUAGUUUCACAACAUCACUUUAUGUUUAUUUGUUAUCUGAGAAGGUGAUAAUGUUCACAUGCAAUAAUGUGUAUUAUUGAGGCCAAAUUAGGUUAUACACUGAUAAACCUUAACCCAUCUAGAAUGUGAGUUUUCUCUCCCAACAGCUUCUUAGUUUUAUAUAUUCUACUACCAAAAGCCCCUUGAGAACAGGGAUUGUGUCUUAUUUAUCUUGGAACUUUGUUUAGUGCCUUGCACAUAGUAGGCACUCAAUAAAUUUUUCUCAUGGAUAUCUCCUUUACUUCUAGAUUUUUACCCCUUUGUAUAAAUAUAAUUAUAAAAAUGUUAUUUAUAUCUUGCUUAAGGUAUGAUAAAGGCUCUUCACAAAACACCAAUAAAGCAUCAAUUAUAUAAAUACACAAUAUAAGCCAAUUAUAUAUAAACAUAAUGUAAAACCACAGACCCAGAUGCCAUGUAUAUUACUACAACACUUCAGAAUGCCUUAAUAAUAUUCGGGUUAUUUUUCUGAAAUUUUCUUCUACAGAUGACACGGGUCUUCUGUGAAGACAUUAGUUGGGCAAGCUAUGUAUUUUAAAGACUGUACUGAAUGAAAAAAAAAUGAAGAUACUUAUUGUUUAAACUGAGUUAUCUUAGCUUCUUUCAUCUCUCUUGGACCGGAGUAACAUCUAGGGCUUAGUAGUCAUUUUUAUCAUUCUGUUUAUAAGCUUUAUUUUCUUGGGAAUCUUAUUGAAUUGUCAAUAAUAAAAAUUGGAAGGGAAAUGAUUGGCUUAUCAAGUUUGGAAUUAGACAUCUAGCACUUUAUGAAACAUCCAGUUGUAUCUUGAAGGAAUGGUUGUCCUUGCUGACAUCUGUCUGUUGGUCCUUAGAGGUCUUUUCUCCACUAUGGAAGGGCAUUGCCAAGAUCCUUCUACCUAGCUGGCUCAUGGUAGCAAAGAAUAAGGCUAUGACCUCAACCCAGUGUGGUAGAUUGGCCAUAUUAUUUUGCUGGCAAUAUGUUUCCCACAGGUCUAGAUAAUAAGGUGUUGACUGUGUGGGUCUCACUAUAUUAUAAUUGGUGAUCUCUGUUGUAAAGGCAAACAGAAAAAAAUAUACUUGACUACAGAACAGCUCUGCCACAAAAGUAUGCUUUUAAAACUGAAAAAUGGAACAAAGGUUUCGAAUUGAGGGGUGGAGAGGGGAAACAAAAUGUUUAUGAUUGGAAAGCAAGUAUGUUUAGUGAAAGAUGACUGCUACAGACAAUGGUUUUAUAAUAUUACAAGAACCAAUAUUGCCAGUGUUUUAUAGAAACAGAAAACUGUUAAGAUGUCACAGGACUGGGAGUCAGAAGACUUAGGUAGUCUAGUCCUGGUUCUGAAUUGUAUUACAUUGAGGAAGUUAUACAUUAAAAUCCCUCUGGGACUUAAUUUCUUUGUAAUAUAAUAAAGUCCUUUUUUGCACUAAAAUCCUGGAUUGCAUCAGGGUUACAUCAUAUUCCUUGUAAGGGUAUGCAUGUGAAUACCCACUGCUCAUUUGCCCAUAGCCCCUAGUUGUGUUCAGGGAAUCUUCACUCUGUUGUGACAUCUACUGUUAAUCUCUACACCCUAUAUUCAAGUUUUUCUUUAUAGCACCUUUAUGACUCCAGCAGUGUUUCCGAUGCAUCCUUUGCUCAUUUCUGAAAAAACAAACAAACAAAUUUCAUUUUCCCCAUGUGCUACAUAUCUUGCCAGAAUCUUGACCUGGAUGCAAAGUUUUAGUCUUUCUAAUAUUUUUGCAUGUUAAUUAGACAUGGUACGCUCACAUUUUAUAGCCCUUUCUACAUUUUCCAUAAUCUAGCCUUGGGUUAUUUUUUUUUGUUUCACUUAAAAUUAAUUUGUGAAAAUCUUUUGAACGUGUUUUCCACAAUGCCAAAACAUCUCUUAGAGUAUGUUACUUUUGUCCUCCUCCCACCCUCUUUAAGCUAUCUUCAUUAAUAGGAGACUCCAAACUGAAAUGUCUGCUGCUCAGUCAAGAAAUCUCAAUCUACAGUUAAUUUUAAACAUGAGCCAAAUGUCAUCACAUCCAGAUGCACAAGGCUAUAAUUGCAGUAUUUUCCAGUAGGGCUUAAUGGGUCCUUUUUUGUACUUGGGUUUGUAUGAGGGCCACUGUACUACCAGGCAAACGGCUGCUGCCAGCUUUCUUUCUUGCUAAUGGAAGUUCAUAUUCUGCUACUGUUCUUUCUCUGUACAUUUUUCUGGCUAUUUUACAGACAUAAUGUCCUCAUUCAUAAUGUGCUACACCUUAGAGAUUUCAACCUUGUUGCUUUGUCCCAGUAGUUGUACUUUCUUCAUCUUUAUUGUUCACAAAAUUAGACUUCUUUUCCAAGGCCAUGUUGUAAAUGAGACUAAAGUGUCUUAAGAACAAGUCUACAUGAAUUGCAAGACUCCAGAUAUCAGGGAAAAUUUUAAAUUAUGGGAUACAAAAUGGUGGUUUUUUCUGGGAACAAUUAUACUUUAUUGACACAUUAAAUACUGGAAAGUAGCUUGAGAAUUGGGGGCAUGGAAGAGAAAGAAAACUCUGGGGCUGGGUUUCUUUGAUGGAAGGCAAAAAGAGAGCAAAGGAUCCCUUUAGUCACAGGAUUAUGCUAAUGCAGGUGGCCCAGGAUCUCAGAGCUCAGGAUCUGAGGCAAAAGCCCAUUCUCUCCUUUGGGAGGCUAGAAACAGUCCUGAGACAUGAGUAUACAGAACACAGCUAGGACCCCAAGGCAUAUGGCAGCAAACAGGCAAGACUUGAUACCUGGUUUCAAGUCCUACCUUUUAUAUAUGGUGACCCCUGAUUUAUGGGUCAGUCUGUUUCAACUCUGUUCCAGUCAACCCUCUGUCUCUAAGUUAUGGAUGCCAAUAUACAUCCAGUGGGGAGUUUUUCCCAGAGUUCCCUAUAAAGAUAAAAAUUGGAGUUCCCCACACCAAUGAUAUCAAAUACAAUAGAAACAGGGACCACUAAAGCAUACAUAAGGAUCCUUAUAGACAGAAUAUUGACUUAGAAAAACACACGAACUUUUUCUAUGUAUAUUGUCUUUAUUUAUUUUGUGAAAUAUAUCCCAAUUCCACUUUAAUCUGGUUGGGUCACCCUUUUGGGCUAUGUGUUUGAUACCUCCACCCUACACCAGUGAAAUAAUGGACCAAUGAUAGCAUAACUUCAGAAAUUGUGAUACAGGAGAUAAUCUUAAUGGAAUUUGAAACACACUCCACUUCUAAGCCAAGACAGUACAUGACUAAUGUAGAAUUGUAUCUUUUAAAUCCUUUAAAUACUUUGUGGCUUGACCAUGACAACUACUGGUUGCCUAGUAAUUAGUAUAAAAUUAGUAUGUAUUAUGAUAAUUUAUGUCAUGUGAAAAGUGUCUCCAUACAAAAUAUAUAUCCCUUCUAUGUGUAGCUAUUUUUCUUAUGCCAAUAUAAUGCAGUAGAACCUAACAUGUAGUCAAGAGUAUUAUAUUUUGUGACAGCAGAAUGUCCAAAGUCUGUCUUUGCAUAGAGGUAUCUUUAAUCAAAAGAUGGCUGAUUGCUUUCUCUUAGUUUGUUCCAAUUGUUAUUUUUUUAAUUUAUUCCUUGAGUAUUCCCUGCCUUUCUGUUCUGUAUUCCUAUCUGUGAAAUUGUGCUAUCAUCAAUGAAAUUAGAUUUCCUUAUUCUAUGUAGCCUUCCUUAUCCUACCCAUACCCUUUUGCAGAAGCCAGGAAAAAAAAAAUACCUAAUGGCUAACCAUUAAUCUCUCUUAAAACUAAAGGAAAUAAAGAUGCCCUGUUUUUUUCCCCUCGUAUUAUAGAAUAUUAUUUAAUUCCAAAUAUUCAAAUUUUAAUGAAACACCUUAGAAAAUACCAGCAUUGUUCCUGAAAGCCUACUUUUACUUAUGUGAUAUGCUCUCCCCUCUCACCAUCCCCAUAGUGUUCAUGGUGCUUGGUGACCACACCUGGUACACAGAGACUUAGAACUCUGGCUAUGGAUAUAACCUUGGAAUAGUUCUAUAGACUGCAGGGUCCCAAAGUUAUCUUCUCCUAUUAUUCAUGUUUUAUAGGCACUGAAGCCCUAGCACCCAACUCUGGUCCAGAGAUAGUAUACAUAUGGCCAUCUUAACCUAACUUUCAGGUAGAUAAUCCCUCAAACCAUAUCUCUUCCAAUGAAUUCAUAUUCAUUUUUUUUCAAAUCUAAACUUUUCUACUAAAGAUAUAACAGGGCCCUGGCAUAUAAAGUAAUUAAUGUUCAUUAAUGGCCAAAUCAUUGGUAGCCUUUGAUCUUACUCUUGUGGACAUCAACCAUUGCACAUCUGACCAAAUAAAAUGUCCUAAUACUGAAAACAAUGGGUUUUCUUUGCCAGUAGCUUCAAAAAAACCUGUAUGUGUCCAGAUAUACACAAGAGCUUUUGAAGACAACACUAUUAUGGGUUUUUAUACAGGGAUGGUAGAUAUUCUUCUUUUUCUCUGAUCAGUGCUAUGCCAAAAUUAAUGUACUGGGGUCAUUACCUCAGGAUGAAAGGCAAAAAGCAUCUGAACAACCGAGCCAAUUCUUGGAAAGCCAUUUUGUGGAAAAGUUCUUCCCCACCCCAUAGACAGGCAUGUCCAUAUAUACAUACAUGUAUAUAUGUGUCCUAUGUGUCCUGAUUCAAGAACAAUAAUGACAAAUUUUUCUUGCCUUUGAUGAUAGAUUUCUAUGAUUAUUAUCUCCACGCUACAAAGAAAAAAUGCAGGUUAUACUUUUACCAAAGUGUUUCAAACAACACAGGCAAUUUUCUAUUCUAUGCAUCUAAUCCUUUUUCUCCUCCCAGCAGCUGCUGCACAGGGGUUUUCAUUUUGAUUAAUUUAUUCUUUCUGUAGUGUGGGCUACUGCAAAAGCCAUCUAUAUUUCAGCUGCGUUAGAGAUGUCCUCUCUCCGUUUGACUUUAAUGUCUGACUUGGGGCAGUUCCCUAACAGAAAUCCUAGUUACCUUUGUUCCUGACAGAAAGCUUUCCCUCUGAGGUAGAAAGAGCACUCAGUUUUGCCUUUUUUUUUUGUAGUCCCAAAAUUAGUAGUGAGAGUUGUCCUGUAUGAAUCCGCUGUCUUCCACAGUGCCUCCUCCCCUUUUGAAGGCACCACACCAACUUCCCCUGAUUAUUAUAAUACUUCCUGUGCACAUGUUAUACUUGGAGUCAGCAGCAGUCUUUGGCUUCUGUUAUCCAAGACUGCAAAACUGGUCUUAAACUCUGAGGUGAAACCUUUGCAAUUUCAAGGUAAUGAUUUGGCAGGGAAGAUGACAGGGUUUCCAAUGAAGAAUAAUCCUAUUUAUGGUCUUUAUUUUGGAGGUACUAGAGCUUAAAUCAUUCCUAGAUGUUAAGAUACUAUAUUUCAGUCCUAGGAAUUUCUCUGCAAAUAUUAAUUAAUAUCAUAAAUGCAGUAUGGUAUAUGAGAAAAAAAUUACCCCAAUAAAUUAUCAUAAUGAGUUUUUUGUUUAUUUUGUAGUGUUUCUGUAUUUAUCUGCACUUUGUAUAUAUACAUACACACAUGUAAAUAACCUGAUUGUCUCUAAUCUAAAUGGUCACAGUACCUUUGUUGUACUUUUACACUGUAUUUCAUGAGUUUAUAAAGUACUUUAAAAAUAAAUGACAUACACAUUUUAA